CAAGUGAGUUCACACAUUGUAGUGUUUCUAAAAAUAUCUAUGUAAAAUUACUGCUGUUAUUGUUUUAUCUAUGUUAAUUAUUUAAACUGUUAAUGUUGGUUUUAAGACCAAAGAUUAGUGUGAUAACCCUAUGCUAGUUUAUGUAAAAAGGUCUGACGAACUACAGCCUGUAACAUCCGUAGCCAACGUAACUAUUCUUCUCAUGUCAAUCAGUAACCAUGAACCUUUCUAUUCCUCUCAUUUCUUCAGCACAGAAAAGAGGUAUUUCCUUAUUCGUCUGCUAAAGGAUGCCUAUGAUUUUCUUAAUUGUUUUUUGGUAUUCAAAAUGCAAAUGGCACUGUAUGAGAUAAUUCCUGCUGAGAAAAAUUAAUUUAACUUAUAAACGAUAUGAAACAAUGAGAAUUACCUUUUAUAAAACUUCAACUCAUCCCUAGUCAAUAGAAAAGGAAAUUGCAGUGAUAAAUACAACUUGGAUUGGAUGAGUUGCAGGAAUCUGUUCUCCAUACGGUAGCAACAUUAGGACAUAAAAUAUCUGGAGUAAGGGGAACAAUGUGACAUGGAUGGUCUUCUUUUCCAUUUCAAGGCAAAUGAAGGAAGACCACGAUGCCAAAGGUUUUCAAUAAUCAGAUAAGCCUCAGGAAAUUCUAUCGGCGGAUUAGAAGUCGGACAGCCUUCGAGAAGAAUAAAACAGAUGUUUUCCACAUCAAAACACACAACGUGGGACCUUUGAAAAAGCUGAGGAUCGAGCAUGACAAUACGGGGAUGAACGCCGGGUGGUUCCUGGACAGGGUGGUGGUGACAGACGUCAACAGGCCCCACCUGCGAUACUACUUCCCCUGCAACAACUGGCUUAGUCAGGAGGAGGCGGACAGCCUGUUCGUCAGGGACCUGCUGGGCAGCCUCAACCCCAUGGACGUCCCCAAGUUUAAUAAGUACUUAGUGAGUGUGUUCACCGCAGACAUGAAGGGCAGUGGGACCGAUGCCGACGUUUUCAUCAAUAUCUUUGGAGAGUUUGGGGACACAGGGGAGAGACGUUUGAACAGUGACAAAGACAACUUUGAGCGUGGAACAGAGGACAAGUUUACAAUAGAUUCUCCAAACCUUGGGAGACUGAGAAAGAUCACCAUCGGUCACAACAACAGGGGCUCCUCCGCUGGCUGGUUCCUCGAUAAGGUCUCAGUGGAUGACAUGGGGAACAAAGAGAUUUAUGAGUUCCCAGUCAACCAAUGGUUCGCCAUGGACGAGGCAGACGGAAAGAUUCAGAGAGACAUACUGGUUGGAUCAACGCAACCUAUGGCCAUCGUGUACAACAUCCAGGUGAUGACGGGGGACAUAAGAGGCGCAGGCACCAACUCCAAGAUCCAUAUCGUCAUGCACGGAACCAAGGGUGUGAAGAACAGCGGGAAGGUGUUCCUGGAGGGGGGCCUGUUCGAGCGGGGCCUUAUUGACAUCUUCAACGUGGAGAUCUGCGAGCUGAUCAGCCCCCUCAGCAGGGUGUCCAUCGGACACGACAACGGCGCGGUGGGGGCCGGCUGGUACUGUGAGAAGGUGACGAUCUACUGUCCGUUCACGGGCAUCGAGCAGACGUUCCCAUGUGGGCGAUGGUUGGACGAGGACGAGGCUGACGGACUGAUCGAGAGGGAACUCUACGAGAUGGUUUCUCUCAGACAGAAAAGACUGAAAAAGUACCCCUGGACCCUGUGGAUCUUCACCACGGAUAUGAAGGGAGCAGGGACUGAUGCCCAGGUGUUUCUGCAGAUCUACGGGGAACGCGGCAAGUCUGACGAGAUGAAAAUGGAGAACAACACAGAGGAUAGUUUUGAACAGGGACAGGUGGACAAGUUCACGAUUGAAAUGCCAGAUAUAGGACGGCUGCAGAAACUAAGAAUUUGGCAUGAGAAAAGACAUCCUUUUGCUGGAUGGCAUCUAGCAAAAGUUACUCUAAUGAAGACCUUGACAAAAGAGAAGUACUCUUUUGAUUGCGGCCGCUGGCUGGACAUCAAUGAGGACGAUAACGAGAUCAUCAGAGAGAUCCCGGCUACUGGGCCUCUGGUCCCGGAACCCCUCCCCUUGAUUAAGUACCUCGUCACCAUCUGCACGGGCAACAUCAGUGGCAGCGGCACGGACGCCAGCGUGUUCCUCAACGUGCUCGGGGACCUCGGCGACUCAGGGGAGCGGCUCAUGUACAUGAGCAAAAACAAUGUCAACAAAUUUGAGAAAGGCAACCACGAUGAGUUCCUGAUCGAGGCGGUGUCGCUGGGCCAGGUACGGAGGGUGCGGGUGGGCCACGACGGGCGCGGCGGCGGCUGUGGCUGGUUCCUGGACAAGGUGUUGGUCAGGGUGGACGGGACGCCCGAGUCCGAAGCCAUUGAAUUCCCCUGUGACAGGUGGUUGGAUCGUAAUGAAGACGACGGCCAGAUUAUCCGUGAGUUAGUUCCUGCUGGAGAGGGCCUGCGUCUCUUCAAUGUUAACUACCAGAUCGCAAUCAAGACAGGCAGCAUCAAUGGGGCCAGCUCUGACUCCAAGGUGUUUGUGAAGAUGUACGGGGAAAAGGGAGACACGUGCAAGAUGAUGCUGAUGGUCUCAGAAAAUGACCUCAGCAACUACUACGAGACAGCCCGCACUGACAUCUUCACAGUAGAAACCUUCGACAUUGGAACGAUCAACCGCUUCCUGAUUGGCCACACCAACGAAGGGCUGCGUGCUGGUUGGUUCCUGGACAGUGUUGUGAUCUCUGUCCCAGUCCAUGGGAAGCAGUACAUGUUCCCCAGCCAUCGCUGGCUCUGCAAGGAUGAGUCAGACGGGAAGGUGGAGGUGGAAAUCUAUCCAAGUGAGAUCCUGGACAUCGAACGAAUGAUCAACUAUGAGGUGACCGUGACCACCGGGAACCUGCGAAAUGGAGGAACCAAUGCGAACGUCUUCUGUCAGAUCUACGGGGAGGAGGGGAAAACAGAGGUUCUGGCUCUCAAGAACCGCUCCAACAAUUUUGAGCGUGGUACCACUGAGAUCUUCAAGGUGGAGGCCAUCGACGUAGGGAAGGUCUACAAGAUUCGCAUCGGCCACGACGGCAGCGGCAUCGGGGACGGCUGGUUCCUGGAGAUGGUGAACAUCAAGCGGCUGACCAUGGCCAUGGUGCAGGUGGAGGUGAAGGUGGAGCCCAAGAAGGACAAGAAGAAGGACAAAAAGAAGAAGAAGAAGGAGGAGGAAGUCAAGGUGGAGUACAUCGAAGAGCUGCAGGAGGUGGUGGAGACACUUGCGUUCCCAAGCAACCGCUGGCUGGCCCGGGACGAGGUGGACGGCGAGAUCGUAGCUGAGCUGUUGGCGGAGGGCACUGAAGACCUUGAUAUAAAUUCCUAUGAAAUCCAUGUGUUCACUGGGUCUCUGUGGGGGGCCGGGACGGACGCCAACGUGUACAUCACCAUCUACGGGGAGGUGGGGGACACGGGGGACCGCUGGCUCAGAAAGUCCAACAACUUGAACAAGUUUGAAAAGAACCAGGAAGAUGUUUUUAACAUCACAGCAGUGGACAUGGGUGUGUUGAAGAAACUGAGGAUCCGACAGGACAACUCCAACGCCAACGCCGCCUGGUUCCUGGAGAGGGUGGAGAUCACAGACAACAAAGACGACACAACGUACUACUUCCCUUGUAAGCGCUGGCUGGCGAUCGAUGAGGACGACGGGCAGGUGGCCCGGGAGCUUGUCCCCGUGGACGAGGCCUUCAUGAGGAAGGGCGAGGAUGACGACGAGGAGUCCAGCACCACGCUGGGUCUUGAGCAGAAAGCUAUGUCCACGACGUACACUCUGAAGGUUAAGACUGGAGAGAAGAAAUACGCCGGGACUGACGCCAACGUCUUUAUUACCUUAUUUGGUAUCAAAGAUGACACAGGCAUGAUAAACCUCAAGGCGUCAAAAACACACCGGAACAAGUUUGAGCUGGGGAUGACAGAUGAGUUUAUUGUGGAGGCCGUGGACAUCGGACCGUUACAGAAGAUACGCAUCGGACAUGACAACGACGGAGGAGGGUCUGCAGGCUGGUUCCUGGAGUCUGUGGAGAUCGACGCCCAGUCCCUGGGCCAGAGGCUGUGUUUCCCAUGUGGCAGGUGGCUGGACACCGGGGAGGACGACGGGGCCAUAGUCCGGGACCUCUUCCCCAACCCGCUGCAGACAGAGUUCUACACACCUUUCGUGCCCUAUGAGAUAAAGAUCUUCACCAGCGACCUGUUCGGCGCGGGGACGAACGCGGACGUGUUCAUCGUGCUGUACGGCCGCUUCGGCGUGUGCACGCAGCAGAAGCGCCUGUGCUUCAACAAGAGGGAGAGGACCAUCUUCUUUGAGAGAGGCGCCGAGGACAUGUUCAUAGUUGAGCUGGAGGAUGUGGGGGAUGUGAUCGAGAAGAUCCGUAUCGGUCACGACAACCGAGGGGUGAACCCGGGCUGGCACCUGGACCGGGUGGAGAUCAGGAGGCUGCUGAGGAAGGGAAAGGGCUCGGAGACGAUCAUCUUCCCGUGUGAGUGCUGGCUGGCCCGGUCGGAGGACGACGGGGAGACGGUACGAGAGCUGGUACCCUCUGACAUCAUCACGGAGAAGCUGGCUCGCGAUGGCAGCCUCAAGGUCACCGAGAUCGAGGUGGAGGACGCGCUAGAGACUCACAUGUACAGCAUCUCCGUGACGACCGGGGACGUCUAUGGGGCCGGCACUGACGCCAACGUCUUCCUCACCAUGUACGGCGACCUGGGGGACACAGGCGAGAGGAAGCUCAGCAAGUCAGAGACCAACACCAACAAGUUUGAGCGAGGAUCGGUGGAUACAUUCACCAUGGAGGCCGUGGACCUUGGACAAGUGUUCAAGAUUAAGAUUCGCCAUGACAACAGUCUGCUAAGCCCUGAGUGGUACCUGGAUCAGGUGGAGGUGGUGGACCUAGAUACGGAGGAGGUGUUCCUGUUCCAGUGUGAGCGCUGGCUCUCCAAGAAGAAGGAGGACAAACGCAUCUGCAGGUUCUUUCAUGUCAUGGGCUACGAGGGCGUCAGGGAGACUGAGAACAGUAAGAAGAAGAACCUGCCGCCAGCUCUAAAGGAUGUGGACAGCAACAUGAACAAGAAAAACAAGAAGAAGAAGGAGGAGAUUGUGGAGGAGCUGCCCAUCAUCCCGUACCACAUCAGCGUCUCCACGGGCCUGGCUGAGGACAGCAGCACCUCCAGCCGGGCCUACGUCAUCGUGGUGGGGGCCGGCCAGCACAAGACGGACCGCAUGUGGCUGGACAUGACCAACGGCAGGACCAGCUUCGAGGAGGGCUCCCUGGAAAGCUCUGUGUGCCACGGGGCGGACGUGGGAGAGAUCAAGAAGGUGGAGCUGGGCCAUGACGGAGCCACUCCUGAGAGCUGCUGGCUGGUGGAUGAACUGGCCAUCUCUGCGCCCACCAGGGGCCUCAAAUACGAGUUUGCCUGCAAGUGUUGGCUGGCCAAGGAUCGAGGAGACGGGCUGACCUCCAGAGUGUUCAACAUGUUGGACGCCGAGACCAUCUCCAUCACUCGGAAGAUCAUCUACGAGGUGGUGGUGCUGACUGGGGAUGUGCAGAACGCUGGGACUGACACCAAUAUCUUCAUGUCGGUGUUUGGGCUCAAUGGGAGCACCGAAGAGAUGUUCCUGCAGAAGAAUGAGGACCGGUUUGAGCGGGGCCAACAGGACACCUUCAACUUAGAGAUUGAUGACAUCGCUCCACUGAAGAAGAUGAGGGUCCGCAUCGAUGGCACGGGCAGCCGACCCGACUGGUUCCUCGAUAAGGUGACUCUGCGUAACCUGACCACAGAAGAAGAGUGCCUGUUCACCUACGAGGACUGGCUGUCCAGGACGCUGGGGCCCAAGCACACCCUGGUCUCUGAGAUGGCGGCAGUGGUGGACGGCGAGGAGAUGGUGGAGCUCACAGAAUACAUCAUCAAUGUCAAGACCAGCGACGUUUCAGCGGCUGGCACGGACGCCAAUGUUUGGCUCAUUAUCUUCGGAGAGAAUGGAGACACGGGAACUCUGACCUUGAGAGACUCCAGCAAAUCCAACAAGUUUGAACGGAAGCAGGUGGACACGUUCCGCUUUUCAGACAUCCUCAGCUUAGGAGAGCUCUCCAAAGUACGUGUGUGGCAUGACAACAAAGGUCCUGCUCCCGGCUGGCACAUCGAGUACAUCGACGUGAAGGACGAGGUGAUGGACCAGACGUUCCGCUUUCCGUGCGACCGCUGGCUGGCCAAAAACGAGGACGAUGGGCAGAUCAUGAGGGAGCUGCCCUGUGCCAACAACGACAAGCUGGACUUCAACGAGAAGACCAAAUAUGAGAUUAGUGUUACCACGGCAGACACCGAUGAUGCAGAGACCAAGGAGAAUGGCUGGGUGAUCCUGGAGGGAAAGAAGGCAAGAUCCAAAGAGUUCACCCUGGAGAAUUCAUCCAAGAAGAAGAGGUUUCAGCGCGGAGGUGUGGACAGUUUUGACUUCUCCUCCAAGAAUGUGGGUGACAUCGCCAGCAUCUGCCUGGGCCACACGCCCAAGGACGGGAAGAAAGUAAAGGGAGAGGCGUUCUGGCAUGUGGAGGAGGUCAUCGUCACGGAAAAAGAGAUGGGGAACAGGUACAUUUUUGCGUGCAACGCUCAGAUCCCACUCUCGGCCAAGCGGGACGAGUUCAUGACCUUCGAGUGCACGCGCACGGUGGAGAGCUUCGCCAGCAAGGCCAGCAGCCUGGUGCCUGUCAAGUACGAGAUCAUCGUCAUCACGGCGGACCAGAAGGGCGCCGGCACCGACGCCAACGUCUUCAUCACGCUCUACGGCACCAACGGUGACUCUGGCCGCAGGCAGCUCCGGCAGAAGUUUCGAAACCUGUUUGAGCGCGAGCAGGCGGACCGCUUUGUCCUGGAGAUGCUGGACAUGGGUGAGCUGCUCAGGGUGAAGAUGGAGCACGACAACACAGGCCUGAGUCCGGGCUGGCUGCUGGACCGCGUGGAGGUCACCAACACCGCCAACGGGGUCACCACCGUCUUUAUGUGUGGGAAGUGGCUGGACACCAAGAAGGCGGACGGACAGAUCUUCAGGAUUAUUUACCCCAAAUACUGAUGAGUAUACCCCAAGAAACAAACACUACCCAACGUCCUAGACUUCCCUUGGUAUGGAGGUUUUGUUUUAUUGCCUAAGGACUCAUGGGAUAAGUAUAAAAAAGUGUACUGAAAACCUCAACGCUCAGGAACUGAUGUUGGCUUUAUAUCUUUUUUUUUUUUUUUACAUUCAUUUCGUAAUUUAUCAACAGCAAUUAGAAAUUGAGAGUUCAUACUGACAAUUAUUCUCUUCUUCAGGUAUAUAUAAAGUUGCCAUCCUUAUCAUUUUUAAAGUGGCAAUCUCUAGGAUCUCCAAAGAUUUUCAUUUUAAUAAAAGGUCACCAUCAACCACCAGAUGAGCCAAAACAAUGUGGAUUGAGCCUGUGGACCACCAAUGAAAACCCUGCAUCUUCUGCAGUGUUAUGAAUAGGAAAUGGUUGUCAGUGGCGACUAUCACGCCAGGCAUUCAAAUCACAAGCUUUGCAAUUAGUGAUGCGUUUUCCAUUCUCCAGCAGUGGCCUGUUACACCAGAGUAUGGCGGAGCCAACAGACUCGCUUUUCUCACCAUAGGUGGUGCCAAAGAGAAGAACGGAGAUAUACAAGAUGGCCGCUUGCAUAUGGAUCAGGAAUGCAUCAACUCAUUUUUUUUCAUCAUGUAUAAAGCUUCGUCAAUUAUUUUCUUAUGGUCAAAAUUUCACAGCAAUCACUUUGAUUUUAAGCAAGACGCGUGUUAGAGUAUCAAUUUGAGCUUCUAAAAGUUAAGUUAAAAAAAAAAGUAAAUGACCAGUUGCACACACACCAUAUAUUUUAUCCAGUUUAUUACAAAAAAAGGGAACAUACAAAAGGAAAAUAUAUAAGCAAUGAAGUAAAAGAAAUAUAAAAACAAAUCAGAAGAGUUUGGGUUUAGCAAUGCAACUUCAAAAUCAUUAUUAUUAGUAGUAAUAAAUAAAUUACAAAAUUCCACCAAAUGAAUUGUAACAUUUACCCAUAAUAUGCUCAUCCAUUACUUCAUCAACACAAUCAUCCGUAUUGAGCUAUUGCUUUAAUAUUAAUGAUAAAUAGUAAAUAUUAAUGAUAAAUAUAUAUUGAAAAACAUUGCGCAGUCUCAGCUAAACAACAGAUUUCAUACACAGAUGCUGGCAGCCCUUUCACUGGCACUUUUUUGGGGGAUAUUAUCCGUCCAUUUAGUUCUUCGGAUUUGAAGCAGCAGCAAAAAUGUAUUCAAUAGUUUUAUUCUUUGUAUGUAUUUUCCACCAUAUACAAUACCAUUUAGACUACAUUAUAACCUGAGAAGAACAUGCAUUUUUAGAAAGGUUGUGCUUUGAAAUCCUGUGUCGUCACCCGAGUUUCAUGAUAUAUAAGAGGAUUCUGAAUAUUUAUAAUUCAAAUGAGAAAUACAUUAAUAAGUAAAUGUUUUUUAUGCAUGAGAUUACAGGUAAACUUGCCCCUCUGGUCUUACAUAUUCUUAAUCAAUAUAGUUUGAAGGGAAUUGAAUCAUUUAAAUGAAGGACUUUUGUUUUCUUUGGGGAAUAUGUUUUCUUUUAAUGAUAAUAUGGAUAUAGAAACACAGAGUGAGGCCCUUACAUUGCUGCAGUUGUUGUGCAUGGAGAGAAAUAGUAGAAAUACUAAAUAAGGAUUGAAAUCAGCAGUAAGCAUGAGAUCGCAGAGGGAUUGUCGCUUCAGGUUCGUGCAUUAGCUCGAGAGGCAGAGAAUAUGCAGAUAAUAUUAAACUAUGUUGGAAUUGCAUGAUGCCAGUGAGAGGGUUCCCAUAUUAAAACAGCAGAUCAGGAAAAAGCAUGAAAAAAAAUACAAAAACAAAGAAAUCCCAAAGCAUUCACUUCUCCCUCCGUUUCAGUUUGUCCACGAGGCCAUAGCAUAGGAGAUCAGAGAUUGCAUUGAAGGGAAUGUUACCAAGAGCCACAGCACCAGUGAGGAGAGAGAGAGAGAGAGACAGAAAGAGAGGGAGGGCCACACGAUAGAGAAAAGAAAGAAGGCAGCCGAGCACAUUAAACAAUGCACAGCCAGCUUACGGAGGCAAAAAGCAGGGCUUUUUUUGUUUUCCAUUUUCAAAGUACAACUGCAUGCAAAGCAUUCCCAUUUAAAAUCAUUGCAAAAAUGAGGUAUACGUUUUUUUUUGUCCCAAAUCAUUUUGAGUUAUUUCUAUAUAAAUAAAUAAUGAUUAAACCACCCACCCCCCACAAAAGAAAUAACGUUAUAAAAUGACGUACAUAUCUACAAUUAGUAAUAAAUUAUGAUUGUUAAAUACUUAAGGCAUCUCAACUGAUAACACCCUGUGUAAACUAACAAAACUUCCC